UGCUGGGCCACUAGUGUUUCUCUUCGGGUAGACGGCACUGCAGAAACCGACGCCGUUCGGAUAAUCUACCGCCAACAAAAUCAAAUAAUCCCCAAAACAUCCGGCGAGUCACGAAGGCGGAAAAAGGGAAUACAGAAAUGGCGAGUCGUUUACUGCUCAAAACUCUGUCGAAACGACAUCGUAUUAGCUCCACACCUUUUCCUUUCCUCUCCAAAUCCUCGGGGUCUAGAUCUGCAAGUACUUUGGUCUUAGCCGAGCAUGAAGGCGGCUCGAUCAAGGCUCAGUCACUGAGCGCGGUGGUGGCCGCCAGCUCCAUCGGUGAAAACAAUUCCGUUUCCAUGCUGUUGGCUGGCUCCGGUUCUUCCCUUCUAAAGGCCGCCGAGAGUGCCGCCACGUGUCACCCUUCUCUUUCUCAGGUUCUUGUAGCUGAUUCUGAUAAAUUUGAAUAUCCUUUGGCUGAGCCAUGGUCUAAGUUAGUCCAACUGGUUCAGCAGCAAGGAGGCUACUCUCAUGUCAUUGCUACUUCAGGUUCAUUCGGGAAGAACAUAUUGCCGCGUGCCGCUGCCCUUUUGGAUAUUUCUCCUGUUACUGAUGUUGUUGAAAUUAUUGGAUCCCAUCAAUUUGUCAGGCCAAUUUAUGCUGGUAAUGCCCUUUGUACAGUUCGAUAUACUGGUGCCAGCCCUUGUAUGUUGACUGUUAGAUCCACCUCUUUUCCAGUGCCUCCAGUCUCGGGUGAUUUAAAAUCUGAUAGGGCUCCUAUUUCUCAGGUUGAUCUCUCAACCUUAGAUGAAGAUUCUAUCGGUAAAUCUAGAUACAUAAAGCUAUUGUCUGAGGAUACAGAGCGCCCUGAUUUGGGAAGUGCACAUAUUGUGGUUACUGGGGGGCGAGCUUUAAAAAGUGCUGAGAACUUCAAACUAAUAGAGAAGCUAGCAGAGAAACUUGGUGCAGCUGUUGGUGCUACCCGUGCUGCUGUUGAUGCUGGAUUUGUUCCCAAUGAACUACAGGUUGGUCAAACUGGGAAAAUUGUGGCCCCAGAACUAUACUUGGCAUUUGGCGUUUCAGGAGCCAUUCAACACUUAGCAGGCAUGAAAGAUUCCAAGGUUAUUGUUGCUGUUAACAAAGAUGCAGAUGCGCCCAUUUUCCAGGUAGCUGAUUAUGGACUUGUGGGUGAUCUUUUCGAAGUGAUACCGGACUUGUUAGAGAAGCUGCCUGAGAAAAAGUCGAUAAUGCUAGAAAUGGGAUAGUUUGUGUUCUUGAAUCACAUGAAUGCCUUCAUUUCUGAUGUCAACUUAAGUUGGCGUAAGAAAGGCCAAGAGAUCUGCCAUUGAAGAGAAGUUUCAAAUUCGUUACUCGGUUCAAGCGCAUCUGGUGUAGUGGUAUCACAGUACCCUCCCACGGUACUGACCGGGGUUCGAUUCCCCGGAUGCACAUGUGUUUUCUCUUUUCUUUACUUUUGUAGAAUUUGGAUCAAUACAAAAACUGCUUAAGAACAAUGGAAAUGAAUUUGAUUAGACUGG